CCGCCCCUCCGGGCCUGGCGUCCUGCGUCGUCCUCCGCUUCCCUCUCUCUCUUCCUCCUCCGCUCCUUCCCCGGGUCCGCCUGCUCCCGCCUGCUCCGCAGGCUCCCACCUUCCGAGCCCCUUGGGCGCUGCCCCACUCGUGACGGCCCCUGCGAGUCACCCGCGGGCCUCGGUACCUGCUCCUCCAGGAGAGGGGAGGGGAGCGCGCGGCCGCCCCGGCGCCCUCCGCCCCGGAUCGUGAGGCCGCGGACGCGAACCGAGGGCUGCGGUCCGCCCCGCGCCGGCUCUGUGCGGCUCUGAAGACGGGGGUCAGGGCCGGGGAGCCCGCGGGAUGGGGAGCUCGCCUGCCUGAGCGCCCGGUUCCACCCCUGCACCCACAAAAAAAACAGGUAUUUUAAGUGAACACUUUUGGAGCUCUGCAACCAAAGUGACAGCUGCAAAGGCAGCAGUGCGAUGCAGCACUUAGGCUGUGUGCCUCCGCAGGGUUGCCGGGCUCUGCAGGGUGACGUGUGCGUCCUUGCAGGCCUGUGGACGGCACCGAUGAAGCCCCAGGUGUGAUCCCCGUCAACGCCCUGGAGCCUAAGUGGCUUUUCGGCAGGUAUAACACGACUGCUUUCCCGCCCUCUGCCUGAGGGCUACUCAUAGCAGACAGUAGCUUCUAGCGCGGAAAAAGAUGAUGAUACAGGGGAGAGGGUGCUGUUGACCUUGAAACUGGACCGGAUACUGCAAGCACACUGACUCUCGCACAGGCUGAGCGGGCCUGGGUGCUGUCAGCCAAAGUGCGGCUUUGGCCGGAGGGGUCAGCGAUUGAUCCGGGGGCUGGUUACUAUCUCAGCUUCACAACCCGUAUUUCCAGAUCCCGGAAAAUACCCAUCCGCUGCUGGUCAGGCAGAAGGCCGUAGUGAAAUGCUGAAUGUUGGAUGUGCUCGAGGGUGGGACCCACAGGAUUUCCGACGGAUUGGAGAUCAGUGUAAGAGAAACAGGAGUUAAGGAUGGUCCCACAUUAGGUUUUUUACCUGGGCCACUAGAAAGACGGAGCUGCUCCUUAGGAGCUGUAAAAAACCGCAAGAAUGGGUUGUGAAGAAGAACCAGAAGAUUAGGGCAUAAUGUGAGGCUCAGAUACCAAUUGAAAUCCUACUAGGCUUAUCAACCUGGAGAUGAGCGGAAAGGUAGCGACUAGCGGUGAGCAUUUUCAUCAUCGUUGUUAGUAUGAUCCAUAAAACCGUGCACCCGGAGGAGCCCGCCUAUGAAGACAGUGUGGAGUAAGCCUGAGCUCAGUACCCCGACAUUUACCUUUUGGGAAGCCAAGAAGGGACAUCCACCAACUAGGAAAAGAAUUAAGAGACAGUUGUGUCUGGAAGCUAAAUAAAACCAAUAUUUCAAGAAGGAAAAACGUGGUCAGCCAAGUCAGCAUGAUGUCAGAUGAGGACCCUAAUGUGAUUCUCUCUCUUUUUUUUUGGUACCGAGGAGUUGAACUCAGGACCUUGUGCUUGUCAGGCAGGCACUUGUGCCGCUGAGCUACCUCCCUGCCCCUUUGGAUGUGAUUCUCGGCCUUCAUAAAUUUCACAUCAUUGAUGACCUUGAUCAGAGCGACGUUCGGUGUGGUAGGCAAGCAGAGACCUUAUUGGAAUCACUGCACAGAGAGUGGGGCACACGCUGCAGUUCAUUUGUGGGGUGGGAGAGAGGGUAAGGAGCACAACAUUUAAAUACGGUAGACUGUAUAGUACAUUGGCUUAAUGAUGGAGAUGACCUGGUCGGUAGGAAAAUUCCUAAUGUGAGACAAAAGGACAGGGAAAUGGCCCAGAAGACAUGCAUUAAAUAUGCUUUAGGAAUUGACUGAACAGACCAAAUUUGACCAGCAUCCAAGUUCUUCUUCUUGCAGUGGUUGUGACUGUUAAGAUGGGGCCUUACGGAGCUGCCCCGGCUGGUGUUGAACUUUCAGGCUCAAGAGAUCACCCUCCGAGUAGCCACCAUGCCUGACGGACCCAAGUUCUCUUUCUUUUUCCUUUAAAAUAUUUGAGAAAGAAACACUGCUUUUCUACACCGUAUCUUUCUAGAUAAAAAGGAUAAUAGGAGGUCUGUAUGGCUAGUUCUCAACUCAGGGUGGUUUUGGGCUAAGAAGACACGUUGUGACUUUUUGAUGUCUCAAAGUGGGAGCAGGGAGAGAAGUUGCAUUGAGUGGGUAGAGACCAGGGCUGCCAUUAGCAUUCCUAGAGGGAACUCAGCCUCCCACAGGGAUUCUUCGGGGACGCAGCAAUAGGGCUGAGGUGUGGAAACCACGUUCUUCAUGUUCCCAAAGAAAUGUUCAAGAUUACAUUCUUCACAUUGUUGAUAAAUUACAACCAGCAGAGAACUGGUGCUAUGAUACAUUAAAAGAGUGAGUUUCUCUCAGUAACUGCUUUCAUGAAGCAGUCUAGAAAGCCUUUCCCAGACCCUCAGGGGAGAUGAAAGGAAUUAGCAGGGGGCUUUGAUCAUUUAUAGAGCCAGGUUAAAGUAGGCCGAUGCAGCUCAAAGAAAUCAUGUCAGUUGGUAAGCCCCCGGUGAAGGAGCCUGCCAGGAAUGCUCCUUCGGGGCAAAGGUGCUGGGCUGAGGACCAGUUUGAUGAGAGAGAGGACCCGACUGUUUAUGUCAAAGUAGCAAGCAAAGCCCUGCAGUGCUGGGGACAAGCCGCGCACCCAGAAACCGAAAGCACCGUCCCACCAGCUGCGGAGAGGCUGGACCAGGCUUCCUGGCCGCCCCAGUGCCUCCACCGCGCCCUCUCUCUGCCACACAAACUGAAAUCUCGAGCCCCAGCAGACCCCUGCUCCCUUAAUGAGGGGCAGUGAGGAGCCCAUCGCUCCCUAAUCCCGAGUUCCUGUCUGUGAGGAGUCCUGUAACUCAGUCCUGAAGUCACAUGACUUGCGAUGGUGAGAUUGUCCCAGGUGUCAUGUGUUCGGACCAUUUCAUGAGCUCCUCUGGCUGGCUCCUGCAGCUGCCUGCACAGCCCUUUCAGCUGCCCUGCUCCAACCAUUCUGACCUCACUGUGAACACCCUCCAGCCCUGUCAAACAGUUGCAGACAUGCCAGACCAUGCUUGCUACCCAUCACUUUGGGAGGCCACGGCAGGAGGAAUGCAAGUUGGACCCAGCCUGGAUACUCAGUGAUUUAGAGAGACCCUGUC